AUGCGGCGGAGCCCCCGCCCGGGCUCGGCCGCGUCUCCACACAAACACAAGCCCAACUUCUACAGCGACAACAGUAAUAGCUCUGAGAGCGUCACCUCAGGGAUCAGUCGCGGGCACCGGUCAGCUGGGUCGGGGCCGGGGGAGCUCGAGGGCAGAAGAGCCCAGGGCUCGAGCUGUGGUGAGCCCGCCUUGAGCGCAGGAGUGCCCGGAAGAACCACAUGGGAAGGAAGCUCUCGGCCGAAGCCUGCGCCUCGGAGCUACAAUGGGCAGACAGCCAGUGGCGCGGCAACCGUGAGGGGCGGGGCCUCGGAACCGACUGAGGCUCCCGUAGUGUCUGAAGAGCCGCUCGAGCUUCUCUCUCUGGAUCUGAGGCAGGAGAUGCCUCCCCCGCGUGUGUCCAAGAGCUUGCUGAGCCUGCUCUUCCAGGUGCUGAGCGUGCUGCUGUCCCUGGCGGGAGACGCGCUGGUCAGUGUGUACAGGGAGGUUUGUUCCGUCCGAUUCCUGCUCACGGCCCUGUCGCUGCUGGGCUUCUUUCUGGCAGUACUGUGGUGGGGACUCCUGUACCUAGUACUGCCUUUGGAAAACGAACCUAAGGAGAUGCUGACUCUAAGUGACUACCAUGAGCGUGUGCACUCCCAGGGGCAGCAGUUGCAGCAGCUCCAAGCCGAGCUAGACAAACUCCACAAGGAGGUGUCCAGUGUUCGCUCUGCCAACAGUGAGAGAGUGGCCAAGCUGGUGUUCCAGAGGCUCCACGAGGAUUUUGUGCGGAAGCCAGACUAUGCGCUAAGCUCUGUGGGAGCCUCGAUCGACCUGGAGAAGACCUCCCAAGACUAUGAGGACACCAACACUGCCUACUUCUGGAAGCGCUUUAGCUUUUGGAACUAUGCACGGCCACCCACUGUUAUCCUAGAGCCAGAUGUGUUCCCUGGGAAUUGCUGGGCCUUCGAGGGUGACCAGGGCCAGGUGGUGAUCCGGCUACCAGGUCGUGUGCAGCUGAGCGACAUCACCUUGCAGCAUCCACCGCCCAGCGUGGCGCACACUGGGGGAGCCAACAGCGCCCCCCGAGACUUUGCAGUCUUUGGCCUUCAGGUUGAUGAUGAGACUGAAGUUUUCUUGGGGAAAUUCACUUUUGAUGUGAAGAAAUCGGAGAUUCAGACGUUCCACUUGCAGAACGACCCCCCAGCCGCCUUUCCCAAGGUGAAGAUCCAGAUUCUCAGCAACUGGGGACACCCGCGUUUCACAUGCUUGUAUCGAGUUCGUGCCCAUGGUGUGCGAACCUCAGGGGGGUCAGAGGACAGUGCCAUGGGGGUCCCUGGGGGGCCCCAUUAAACAGGCUGACAGUU